AUGACAUUGCUCUUGGGUUGCAAUACCUUCGUCGGUACCUCAUAUUUCACGAGCUCCAUCCAAGGGAAUGUCCGAUGGGCAGACGCAGAAUUAUAUCGAGUAUCAGAGGACGACGAGGUCGCUUCGUCCCGAAUAUUGACUUGCAAGGUACCCUACUACGAUGUAAAGAAGGAUAUUGCGGUGUUGGGACGAGUCAUCGAGGGGAUGAAACCGGAACCUCCUGAGGAAUCGCAAAUAGCGCCUGGGCACUGGGA